AUGUCCUCCUCAUUGCUCCUCAGAUCCGUCACCAGAAUCUCAUCUCGAGCCCUCCCCCGCCCGUCUCCCACCCGCGUCGUCAUCCCGAGAAUCAGAACCCAGGCCUUCAGCGUCCGCACCGCAAACAUGUCCGACCAGUCCAUCGUCUUCACCAAGAACGCCCCGGCCCCCGUCGGUCCUUACUCCCAGGCCGUCAAGACCCCCACCGCGAUCUACUGCUCCGGCCAGAUCCCUCUCAACCCCGAGGGCGUCCUGAUCGACGGCACCAUCACCGACAAGACCAAGCAGUGCAUCACCAACCUGCAGGCCGUCCUGACCGAGGCCGGCUCCUCCAUCGCCAAGGUCGUCAAGGUCAACAUCUUCCUCGCCGACAUGGGCGACUUCGCCGAGAUGAACGGCGAGUACGAGAAGUGGUUCACCCACAAGCCCGCCCGCAGCUGCGUCGCCGUCAAGACCCUGCCCAAGAACGUCGAGGUCGAGAUCGAGGCCAUCGCUCUCCCUUAG